UCUGUAGGUGCUUUCAUGGGUUUAGCGGAUGUCAAAUGAGUUACAAAAAUCUGCAUAAAAUAGGCUACUUUGUUAAAGUACAGAUACAACCAAACUGAAGGCAGUUCAGCAAAUACAUGUCAAAAUGUCACAUGACCAAAUAUACAUAACUAAAUAAAUGAAGCCCUACCUGCACAGUAAUUUUUGGAAGGAGCAAAGGACAUCAGGUGUAUCAAAAAGGGCACUGGAAACAGGUCAAGUUCCGCUUAGAGAAAGUUUUAAAAAAGGAAAAAAAACUUUUUUAAUACUGGCACACAACUGUCUACUAAUCUGAAAUACUUUUAAUCUAUUUAUACAUGAGGCCUAUACCUAUUUACAAAUCAGUUCUUUCAAAGUCAAUGACCAAAAUUUGGCAAUAUAACAGGAAAAGGUGGAUCAGUUGAAAUUAGGUGUUAAUAGUUGUUAAAAAGCCUGUGUAACCCUUUACCUAUUAUAAUACAAGUUUAAAAAAAGAAGUGAAGCAACAUUGUAUCAUGUUUUAUUGUAAUUAAUACUGUUAGUUAAAUUCAUUCUAAAGUCAUUUAUGUUACCCAGCAGGUAGACAGAGACUCCUUACAUGUGCCAUGCUAAAUUAUAACUUCAGAAAAUAACCAUGGGAGUGGUUUAAACCACUGCAGGGACAACUGUUUCAGUGCUGAUAAGCAACUGAUUAUUUGUAGUGUUCAUUUGUUUCCUGAACACACAUGCCCCUCUUAUAUUAUGAUGUCUGUUUGCUCAAUUUAAAGACACGUUGAGUAUAAGGAGGACAACUGAUUUAUGGCUUGAGAUGUAGGCCUAUCUGUAAAGCUUUUGAAGACUUAAUAUCUACAAAUUUCAAAGUACACAACCUUGGGAGUAGUGGGUGAGUAGAUUCAUAGCCUCAAGCUGUAUUCAACAUUUAUGUUGACAAAUCAAUAAUAAUAGCUUUAUCCUGGAGUUUAACUGUAGGGCACAUGUUACUCUUCUUGUGUGUAAAUCGGUAACAUGAUUUAAAUCAUAGCCAUAUUGUAUAUUUGAAACAACUACCAAACUAUUUAUUUCUAUUUUCUGGGGUUUUAUUUCAAUAUUUUACGGUUAUAAUUUCCUGGCACUUCAGCCUGGACUUUAACUCGUCAGCUUACUCGGUAUUUCAACAUUUUUUAAUCAAGUGUAGGAUGCAUAGUAGUUGCUCACCUCAUUUCCGCUAUCAUUUUCUGAUAAACUCUUUCGUAAUCUCAACAUUUGAGUAAAAUGAACAAUUUAUUAGCCCCUUACAUAGCUACCAGUGAAAUAAAUCAGACAGCAAGUGACAUGUACUCCUGGCGGCGCCAUGACUCACUCUCCACUCUGGCCAACAGAGGCGCAGAGCUGCUGUGACGCAGCGCCGUAUGGGUUCAAACCUGCUCCCGGUGGGUGCUGUUCAUCACACACUUACUCUGACAGCUACUACUCACACGUUGGCUCGACUGAAAGACAAAGUUUACUGUCUCCUCAGACAAAGCAUUGAUGCUUCAACACUUGGUUUUUUUUUUAUUGCUCUGGCAGGGUUGAAGGACUUAAAAGGGUGAGUCUCCCCUCAACAAGCCAUUAUUAAAGGUAACGUGACUUUUUAUUUAUUUUUUAUUUAUUUUUAUUCAUUUUCUUUCUUUUUUUUUUAAAUUUUUUUUUUAGCAUGGACUCUGUUUGUGUUCCAAUAGAUAAAAUGAAUCUUAUAAGCGGUGUCAUGGUGCUCCUCGUUGUGGUUGUGGCUCGGCUGCUCUCCCUUUCUUGGCUCUGCAGUCUGCUGGCAGGUCUGGGGCUCUGUCUGCCUUCGAGGGGUUCAUGGAGAUUUAUACGUGUUGCUGUGUGCACCAUCAAAAGAGACCUAAUGUAAGUAGUUGUUGUUAACCUGAAUAUAAUGUAUUUCUCCCACCUAUUCCUCCUCAACCCCUGCUGCGUCAAUUUAAAACUUUGUGUCAUCACCCUUUUCUCCAUUCCCCCCUGUCUGAAAGGUGUCUGUACGCUAUCUUGAGAGUGAGGUUUUCCAUGUACCGUAAUCUACGUAAUAGAAGCACCAUCCCUGCCCUGUUUGCCCAGAUGGUGUCAAAGCACCCAGAUAAACCAGCGCUGAUCUAUGAGGCAACAGGAGAAGUGAGCACUCGUGAAUGAUUAGACAGAGUUUGCACCCUCACUUUGAUGAAAACUAAUAAGGAUCACAGACCCAAGUGUCCCUUUUAUUCCAGGUGUGGACUUUCAGGGAGCUCCAGGAGCAGUGUCAUGCUGUGGCUCACUGGGCGCUGGCACAGGGGUGGGCAGAGGGGGAGGUAGUGGCCUUGUUUAUGGAGAGCCAGCCUUUAGUGGUGGCACUGUGGUUGGGUUUGGCUAUGGUUGGUGUGGAGGCUGCAUUCAUCAAUCAUAAUCUUCGGCAGCAGUCACUGCUGCACUGUGUCAGGGUGUCAGGAGCUCGAGCGAUGGUGUUUGGGACAAACAUGAGAGAAGGUAAGAGCAUACAUUAUGUUUGAAUAAAGGAUAUUAUGAAUGUUUGAAUCAUAGUUCUAUAGAUAUUAAAUUAGAUACUUUUUGUAUAUGCACAUGUCCUCUUAUUCUGCAUUUUUGUUGCAGUGGUGUCUGAAGUUAGAGACGGUCUGCAGCCUGACUUGCUGUUAUUCAUCAGUGGUCAGGAGGUCAAUGAAGAGAAGCUCUGCAGCCUCCAAAUUCAGAGUCUGGACACCCUGCUGGACCACUCAUCCAAACACCCACCAAGCCGUCUACUCAAAAAGGGAUUUAAUGGUAAGUCUCUUUGGAGUGUUUGUGCACGAGGAUGCCACUAUGAUGUUAUGCACAAAUCAUGUAACACAUAUUAAAGUUUGGAUUGCAACACCUUUUGCUCAGCAAGCCUUUGCCUGCCAGAGUUAACUUUUAACUGCCAGAGGUCCCCGUCUUUGCCCUCUUUAUAUGAUAAAAUCAACGUAUUAUUGCAUACACAUGAGCAGACAAACCACUCUCAAACAAAUCCCCCUCUCACUUCUUUAGAAAGAAAAAUUAUAAUACAUUAAAGUGAAUUGGGGAAGAUAUUUAUGCUUUUAUUUGAUAAAAUUUGAUAAAAAUUUUAUUUGGUCGAGGCUUUAAUUUUAAGCUUUGAGGUGAUAUAUUUGCACAUGAAGUUUUCUCUAAUUGCUUCCUUCAUGUAUUUUGUUGUCUUAGUUAUCACACAACAUUCCUGUGUUCAUUCUCUUCAAGUCUUUGCCUGCUCAGCCUCAGACACACAGGAGGCCGUGAAAGGAGAGACAGAAACAUGUUAAGAAAUGAUGGGGGUCGGUGUGCAUACCAUACAUGUUCAAAAGCUGCUAAGAAAGAAACAGGGAAGGUAUAUGAGUAUGGAUUAGUGGAUGAGUACUACCUGUAAAAAUCUGCCUCACCUUUCUGCCUCUCAGUCCUCUCCUCUGUCUUUCUGUACAGAUCGACUUUUCUACAUCUACACCUCAGGAACAACAGGAAUGCCAAAGGCAGCUAUAGUGGUGCACAGCCGGUGAGUGCAGCUGUGGUAUCAUCUGAAGUGAUGAUGCAUAAGGCUCUAGAAUGGUUUGAGUCUGUCAGUCUUACAAUGCAAGUUAACUUAAAGGGAUAUUCCGGCAUAAAUUUAAGUCAUGGUCAAACACACUGUAACACAAAGUUAGACACCCCCUUGAGAGACUGAUUUUGCUGACUGCUUGCCUCUCUAAUUAUACCAACUUUACUAACGACCAUACAAUAGCAAUAUAAGGCAGUCUACCUCUCCACGCUCAAACCUCAACCAAAACACCACUCUAUAGCCACAAAUAAUGCUCAGAACAGCACCUAACUUUAUCAACAUUACAUAUAGUGUCCCAGCCACAGCACGAGCCAUCAAACAUCUUUUAGCUUUGCCUGGUUUCUGUAGCAAAGAGACUAAACACAACUCAUCCAGUCUCCUUCAGCAGCCGGAGUUUCGCAGCUCAAGGAAGAACAUUUAUGAUUACUACUUUAUGGAAAUGCAAUCAGACUGAGACGCUAAGGCAGAAGAACUACCGCAUCUGCAGUGCAAAAUGAUUAUCAUGAGAUUGUUACUUAAUGGAAAUGAUCCGCUGCACUUGAUGAUUGACUCGCCAGGGCUCCCCCACAAACAAGCGGCUGCUGGAGGAGGGUGGGUGAGUUGUGUUUGGUCUCUUUGCUGAAGAAACCAGGCAAAGCUAAAAGGAUGUUUAGUGGCUAGUACUAUGGCUGGGACCCUAUAUGUACUGUUGAUGAAGUUAGGCACUGUUCUGAGCAUUAUUUGUGGCUAUAGAGUGGCUUUUUGGUUGAGGUUUUCAGGUGGAGAUGUGUAUUGCUAUCUGCGGUCAUUACUAAAGUCGGUAUAACUAGAGAAGCAAGCAAUCGGCAACAUUCAUCUCUCGAGGGGGUGUCUAACUCGCUGUUAUAGUGUGUUUGACCAUAACUUAAAUUUACACUGAAAUAUCCCUUUAAGUCAAAUACACCAAGAGAGACUCAAACAAACAAACAAACAAACUAACAAAAAAUAUGAGAAAGAACAAACUAUGGUAACAAAUGUACAAGUGUCAAGUAUUAUUUAAAAUGAAGAUUUCUAUUAGGUGACAUAAGUGAUCUGCUGAUGUUUGUUUUCAGGUAUUAUCGUAUCGCAUCCUUUGGUUUCCAUUCGUUUGGUUUACAGAACGAUGACAUCAUGUACAACUGCCUGCCUCUGUAUCACUCUGCAGGUAACCUUAACUUUUUUUUUUUUUUUUCAAUUAUCCUUUCAAAAUUUAAUGGUGAAAACUUUUGUCUUUUAAAGCUCGGGCUGAUGUCAAAAGAUGUCAAAACCUCACCUCCUCUCAAACUUCGCCAGUAUAUCAUACAGACAAAGUUCAUGAUGCAGACAUGUAUCCAUACUUAUUGAUUACUCUGUUUUCCUGCAGUAAUAAACUGAUUCUUGGAGAUCUAACUUAACAUCAGAUAAUUAUAACUUAAAACAAAACAAACAUAAAUAGGCUUCACCUCACUGGCGUGGGCAUUGACAGCAUGACAUGUUGUGGUCUAUCACAGUGACAAGCCUGUUGUUUAAUUUUUCAGGUUGCCAGAAUCUUUUCUGCUUCAUAAGUUAAAGAUGAUUAAUUAAAUUCAUAUUCCAAGAGUGACUUCAGUGCCGUGUCAAUUUAGCAACCACUCUGAACACAACUGUAUCCAUUUCUUGUUGCUUAUCUUAUCUGUUGUCUGCUUAUGUAAUUUCCUUGUCUGACAGCCAUCCCACAGCAACAGUUUUAAACACAAAAAAGUAAGAUACAGCAGUUUUAAUAUCAGUGAUUAUCAUACUAAAAACUCCUCAUAGGAGCCUAAAGAUAAGAUGAAAAACAAGUCCAGAUCUUGACAAAACAACCAAACUUCACUCCUUAUCACAGGUACUAUCUUAAAAUAGCAAAGUUAAUGAGUUGACUUGGAAAGGAAAUUACCCUAAAUUGCUCAUAAUUGCAGGACCAUGAAGCACUUACAGUGUUUGGAUGCAUUUCCACUGAGGGUUUCACUUCAAAGUAUGAAUAAUACCAUAAAACUAAAACCAUCAGGCUAUAAAAGUGAUCAUGACUCAGUAGGAGAAUAACUCACAGACCAGAACAAUCACUGUUAUUAUGCUUAUGUCUGUGAAACUUUGAUUGUUUGCAGGUACCAUCAUGGGUGUUGGCCAGUGUUUACUCUUUGGUUUGACUGUUGUCAUCAGGAGGAAAUUCUCUGCCAGUCGCUUCUGGGAAGACUGCGUCAAACACAACUGCACUGUGAGGAACACACAAAUCAUAACACACAGUGCUGUCAGUCAUGCUGAGUCUCAUCCCGACCUAUGUCUUUCUAGGGGCUCUAUUUUCGUUCGCGCCGGUGAGGCGGCGGAGGGCGGCGAGCCCCGCGCAGUUGUAUUUUCGUCUGGCGGAGCCCAGCGUAAGGCCAAUUUGGUAUUUUCGUGGCAUGAGCCGCACGGAGGCGAGCCGAGAUCCGCCAAGCUGGGCGUGGUGGUGUGGCAGGGGGAGGUGUUGACAGAAUCAGCUGGCGCAGUGACAUUUUCGUGCUCGCCAACGGCGUGUAAAGUGCGCUGAAAGCUCGCCGAUUCAAACCUGGUCAGCUUUCAGCGCAAGGCGGAACGCAGCUGGUCUAGUAGUAUUUUGGUAGACCGGCGGCGUAUCGACAUACGUCACUGAUGCCUCACCGGCAGGUUUCCACAGUGUCAGGCAGAUUUCAGUGCAAUAAGUAAUCAUCAUCAACUAUUAAUCUGAGUCAGCACAUAUAUUUAGAUCUAUAUAGAUAUAUUCUGAUCUAUAUCUGAUCUGAUGAGCGCGUUUGGCACGCGUUUGGACACACAACCUGACCGAAUCAACACAGCUGAAACCGCAUCAAAUUAAAUUAAAUAUCUAGUAAAUAAACACACAUGAUGAAGUUAACAAGAUAUGUAAUUCGUCUCCCUCCUUUUCUUUCUUCCUCUUCCUCUUAUUUCUCGCGCAGCUCGACCUGGACACGUCUCCGUGUCCUCUGUCCGUCUUGCUGCUGCUGCGGCUGAACAGAUGAUUUGUUUCAGUGCUCAGAUGCGUGAUCUACUUUAAGCCGACAUACGGAUAUUAUAAUAUUCAGUUUUGUGAGCCAAAUUUAUUUUAUAUGCCAACAUCUAUGAAAGAAAGAGCCAGGCCACGGAGCGCGAUGCGUCAUUUACGCACAGAUGGUUCCAAUUUUAAUGCCAUUUUUGGAGUUUAUGUUGUGAUCUGUGCGCUAAACCCACCUUUGUCACGUGAGGUUUGAAUAUGAGCAACGUUAUGUGAGUGUCUUUAUUUGUGGAAAAGGGUGUUUGUCUUACCAGUGGGUCCAACAUUACGCACACUAAAUCCAUCUGUGCUCAUAUGAGAGAGUGUGGAGGACACUUGUUGAGGAGCUGCCCUCUGUCGCCAUCUUGUGGCAUUACUGUCUUAAGACAUCUCUUGAUCUCUUUGACUACUUCAUGAAAAUAGUAAUACGCCUCGCCGGUGGCGGAUUUAAAGGCAAGGAGAGGAGCUUAUGUGAUUGGUGAAAACAGGUCUCGGCUUUGUUAAAAUCACUACACGCCCUUUCUCCAACUUAUGGUGCUGGGAGGAGCUGAGUUAGGGAGGGGGGAUACUUACGCCGGGCUGCGCGGCUCACCAAAAUACCAAAAUGUGCUUGGGAACGCCUUGUCAGCGCGGCGGAUCUGAUUGACGCUGCGCUUUCGGCAGAUCUCCGGCGAGGCACCAAAAUAGAGCCCAAGGUGUUGAUCUUUCCUGUCUCUAUGUUUUUGUGCAGGUGACUCUAUAUAUAGGUGAGGUCUGCCGUUACUUGUUGGCCCAACCUGUCCGUUUAUCUGAGGCUCAACACAGGGUGCGGGUUGCCGUCGGUAAUGGCCUACGUCCCUCUGUGUGGGAGGAGUUUGUACAGAGAUUCAGAAUCCAGCGAGUCGGUGAAUUUUAUGGUGCCACGGAGUGUAACUGCAGCCUGAUAAACAUAGAUGGGAAGGUGCGUAUUAUUUCACUUUUGAGAGGAAGAUAAUAGAUUUUCCAAACUUGACCCUGUCGCAUGUUGAUGGUUUCCAUAUCUAGGUGGGGGCAUGUGGCUUCAACAGUCGCAUCCUGCCCAGUUUUUACCCCAUCAGACUGGUGAGAGUACAGCAGGAGAGUGGAGAGUUGCUCAGGGAUUCACAGGGACUCUGUGUGCCAUGUCAGCCUGGUGAGCACACGCACACACAAACACACGAUAUAAUGUAAUACGAUAUGAUAGAAUACAGCAUUAUGGGAUAAGACAUUAUACGAUACAAGGUGAUACGAUAAGUCUGACAUUAUCUUGCUGUCCUCUUGUAUUGUACUUAUGUACAAUCUCUGCUCCAGCAAGCCUCGCCCUCAAACAGACGCUCCUGCUCGCUCAUGUCGUUUCAAUUAAAUUCAGAUAUAAUGCAGAUAAAUACUUCAGAUAAUUACAAAUGGGGCCCAGUCAACAUGAAAGUAAAAAGAAUUGGUGCUACUGUAGAUGCCAACAGACUACCAGCAAACACAAUAUUUGCAGGGCUUUCACCUCUAGGAUAAAGUGACAUACUCCAGGACCUGAGGUAAACAGUUUAGCGGCGCUACACCACGCAGCAGGUCCAAGAAACACUUCUGUUACAGACACUUGGCCUACUUUGUUAAAGCGGUUUACCUGUCCAGCAGAAAGGUUACAGGGUCACCAAGAUCCCAAAGUGUCCCCUAUCAUUUAUGCUGAUGUUGACCCGGCUUUUUAGCUCUUGCCCAGUCUACCUUCUUUUCAAGCGCCCGUUAUUCCGCCAGAGUCUCUGGUAUUUACUCUGUUUUCUUGCUUGUGUUGGCAGUCAUGGCCAAAGGAGGAUUCAGACAUUUUUCCAUACUUUCUGGUUGCUUUCUUUCUACUGUCUGAUAUUAUAGCAUGCUAACUUUGUUUGGGCUCCUGAGCGACAUGGGGGAGCAGCGUCUGCCUCACAAACAAUCAGGUUGGGGGGGGAAGGCUUUGUUUACAGUCAGAAAGAGCGGGCGCUCAAAAGUUUUUAAAUGUUGACUCCACAGACAUGACAAAACACAGCAAUAUUGUUAUAUUACCAAAUGUCAUCAAUAACUAUUAGGUAUUGACUGAUAUUAAACGCUUUUUUGUAGAUACACCACAAAAAAGACGCCUCUUUAACAGAAUCCUGCCUGCUCCACCUUUAAUGUGCUGCUGUGAAUUAAGAGUUUCCCCUCUGUGGGACUAAUAGAGGGAUAUCUUAUCUUAUCAUAUCUUAUCUUAAAAAUGAUGAGAAAGCUUUUUUGGAGUGCGUUUUUUUUUUCUUCCAGUUUUGACAUUUAGUGCCAGCAGAUGAUCACAUCACACAAGUCAGGACACUGCUAUACGUUGCAAUUAUAGACUGUUUAUACUACGGACAACUUGGUUCCAUCUUCCGCCAGCAUUUGAAGCUGAAAAGCUCUCUGUAUUUCCGCAUUUUUUUCUCCAUUUCCUGUAACUAACAUUGCGUAGUAGCAUUGUACGCAUUCGGUAGGAGACCCAUAGGCUGUAUCAAGUGUCAAUCAUAGAAAACAUGACUUACAAUAACUUUUAAAAAUGGAUGCUCCACAGAAAAAAGAGGACUUGAGCACAAACCAGUCUUACCAUAACUACAUGUCAACACCGCAAGCAGGGGGGAGAAAAAUUUAUAUUCUGUGUAAUUAAUUUCUAAAGUUUGUCCACAGCUCCAUAGGGAUUGCUGGAGGAGGCAGGAUUUAUGACCUAAACUGCAGCCUGUCACCAGAGGGUGCUGUUCUUGGGGUGGCUUCACCCAGCAAGGAGGCAGACUCUGUCCAUUCUAUAUACUGUUUAUGGUUGCAAUAAUAUUUUGUCCUAUCCCUAACUACAAAUGUUCAAGUAAAAUGAUCCUUUUGUUUGUAUUUGCAGGUGAGCCAGGCAUGUUGGUGGGACGAAUCAAUGACACCGAUCCGCUCAGGAGAUUUGAUGGCUAUGUUGAUCAGGAGUCCACCAGCAAGAAAAUAGCUCGCAAUGUCUUCAAGAUGGGAGACUCAGCUUAUGUCUCAGGUGUGUUUCAGUCCAUAAAAUUAGACCUCAGUCACAAUAAUGAUGAGCAACUGUCUAGCUUCAGUAAAUCGUCAUUAUUUACUUAUAACGUCUCACAAACUCCUCACAAACAAUGCAGCCCACUAAUAUGAAUGAUUGUGAAUCACUGUCUGUUUUGACGGACUGGGAACUAGGGCAAUACGGUGCUGACUUUCAACCAAGUGCAUGUUGGGAUUUGUUUCCCUAAGUGUAGAAAAAAAUACCUGUCAUUCAACAGUUACAUAGCAGACAUAUAUCAGGCAGCAGUGGGUACAAAUACAUACAUCUGAAGACAAUUUGGGUGGUGAAAAAUGUAUGUCUCACUUCAGUGAAGCCUAAUAAAGAGCCCCCCAAAAAUCUUUGGUUAUUAUUUAUUAAUGUUGCACCAUUUUUCUCAAAGGCUCUUAAAGUGUAACUCUAAACUGCAGAGUGACUCACAAUCUUACUACAUCUGAUUCAAAACCGUAAUAAUGAGUCAUGUGGAGGCUGUAUUUUUUUCCUCAUUCUCUUUUCCCUGAUUCCCCUCCGGGACAAUGAUGAAAGAACUGUUGAGGUAAUUAUUUCUCUCUGUCUGUUUUUGUGUCUGUCUUUCAGGUGAUACGCUGGUAAUGGAUGAAUACGGCUACAUAUAUUUUAAAGACCGCAGCGGUGACACAUUUCGUUGGCGAGGGGAGAAUGUUUCCACCACAGAGGUAGAGGGAGUCCUCAGUGGCCUGCUGGGACAUGCUGAUGUCGCUGUUUAUGGAGUUACCAUACCAGGCAAAGACAAACUCAAAAACAAACAAAUAAACCAUCAUAAAUAAAAGAGAAAAACUAUUUAAAGAUUAAUAUUUGCUACAUUUUUACUUCUUGUGUCUACGUGUAUGCAGAUGUGGAGGGUAAAGCAGGUAUGGCAGCAGUAGCUCACACAGAAGGCCAGUUUGACCAUGAUGCUUUCCUGAUGGCUGUUCAGAAAGCACUGCCAUCCUACGCACGCCCUGUCUUCCUACGACUCAUGCCAUCUGUUGACACUACAGGUGAGACAACUCUGAAAGGACAUAAAAACAAACCCACGCAUCUAAAGGGUAAGCAUUAACUCCAUUCUCCACUUUUGGCCUUCAGGUACUUUCAAAAUCCAGAAGACACGGCUGCAAAGGGAAGGAUACAAGCCGCAGGACUCGAGUGAAAAGGUUUAUUUUCUGAACAGUCGUGCUGGGUGUUAUGAAGCUGUAACUGAUGACCUGUUCAAUGAUAUUGUGGAGGGAAGAGUGAGUCUAUGA